GGCCAGUAUAUGUAGUGAGCGCAAUACGAGGAGAAAGUGACAGAGACACAGACGCAGGAGGAGAGCGAGGACAUUCUUACAAGCCAGAACACAAUGUGGCUGCUUCUCCUUCUGUAUCAGCUUGGCCUGAUUCUCCACAGUCGUGCUCAGAAUCCUUGCAGCACACACCCUACAUUCAGAGAGCCAGCCAACUCUGAUAUCACAGUCACCUGCGCCACACACAGGGUGGAACUGCGCAUUCUGCUGUGCCCCAUCUACUUUGUUGGGUACAACGAAUCACUGAUGGCUCUGAAUGAUGUCUUCUACAGACCAGAAUGCAUGGGGACCGCUGUGUGGACAGUAAACCCACCCAUCCUCGUAUUCCACUUCCCCCUCACCGAAGAGGGCAUCACCACCUGUGCUACCAAAAUAAAGAUCACCCAGGAGGUUGGCACAGGGCUUUUCUCUGACUAUUCCAGCAUUCAGUUUGUAAACAUCUCAGGGAUGGUCAACUCCAUAGACCCCUCUGCUGGAAUCAUCACAUAUCACUCAGAGAUGCUUUACCUGUUCUCCUGUCGCUACCCACUGCAGUACCUGAUCAACAACACGGAGACUAGUGUAUCAGGAGUGAGCCUGGCCAUCAAGGACAACAAUGGCAGUUUCAUUAGUACUCUGAGCUUGCGGCUCUUUCAGGAUAACAAAUACACAACUCCACUCCAGAUGCCCCCAAGUGGACUGCAACUGAAAACCAGGAUUUUUGUCGAGGUUCGGGCCACUAACCUCACAACAAGGUUCAACGUACUGCUGGAUCGAUGCUAUGCUACCACCAGCCCUUUCCUCAUAAACAGCACAUACUAUGAUCUCUUCGUGGGAUGUAACCGUGAUGGUCAGACAGUGAUUGGGGCCAAUGGUGAAGGUCAAGAGUCUCGCUUUUCUUUUGAAGCAUUUCGUUUUGUAGAGCACAAGAACCAGACCAUCUCCACCUUCUAUCUGCACUGUGCCACGAGACUCUGCGACAGAGCCAUCUGCAGUACUCUCCGCCAGAAUUGUACCAGGGCCACGAAAAGAAAAAGGGAGGUGGAAUCAAAUCAAGGUACCGCAGUGAGUGAUGUGGCCACAGUCAGCUCUGGACCCAUCAUCACUAGAGUGGACAACAGUGCAGAGGCACGGCCCAUUUCAGGAGUGAGUGAUCAGUCCCAAAGGAACAACACAGUGUUUGGUGUGUCAGUAGUUGCUGGGAUGUUAGGGACACUCUGCAUUACCCUGCUGGCUGUUAUCGUCUUUCAGAAGAACAAGAGCAAGUCCUCUAAUGCUGAGAAGAGCGGCUUCUUCCACUGACCUGGGCUCAGCUUUGACCUUUCUCAUAAGAAUGAAAACGAAUAAAUGGACACUCUACUGCAUUUACUUGUUUUGAAUUACUUUGGUGAGGGUGGAGAAAAUGCAACUGAUAUAUUAAUGUUGCUACACAUUGUUGCUGGACAUUGCUCAUAUCUGAGCUGAUAUGAUGACGAACGAUUUCCUAUCGCUUACAUCCUAAGAUCCUGAACAAGAAUUUAACUCCAGUGCUUUUCCUCUAAUACCUGCCAAAUUUGUAGCAUACAGUUUAUUACCAUUGACCUGUACUUGGAAAAGAAAAGCUGUUGACUCAAAACAACAAGCAUCUGCCAAUUGGCUUCUAUGAAUGUUUUACAUGAACACGUUUUCUAUUCCUUUACUAAGUACUGGGAAACAUUUCAAAAUGAUUGUUCAUGGAAUUUGACUAUAUGCUAAAGAUGGAGCAGACACAAAUUAGUUGAGCUAUUCAUUUAAAGCCAUCCAGUUUUACUUGGGAAUAUCAGUAUUUGCUGUAUUAAUAAUUUCAAGUUAGAUCCGAGUUGUAGUAGCUAAAUAUUCAAUGCAAGUUGGAAUUAAAGGAAGCUGUAGAUGUAAACUGUGCGUCCAGCCAGAUGUGAGUGUCCACAACAUAAGUUUCUAGAAGUAAAGUUUUAAGUUUCAGCUGACUCCAUCCUGGUUAUGGGACACCUUAAUAUGGUGGAAAAAGAGCAACUGAGCAUAGGAGCUGUUCACAUCAUGGCAGACAGCAAGAAAAGGCACUUAAUACAUUAUAAAUAUGUCCGUAUUACAGCCAGCAUUUACUAUAUACUUAUAUAAUCACAUAUCAGUUUAUUCCCGGAUCUUAUUUUGCAUGCAGGAUUUUUUUUUCAAUGAUUUAAAGUUAACAGCUGUACAAUGUAGUAUCUUUUGCAGGACAUCUGUUCAUGAAUUCUCCACUACCAUCCCAAAAUGUGUUCAGUGUGUUAUAUAGAAGGCACUACAAAUAAAAAA